AUGCGUCUUCCGCUAACCUUACUCCUUGCGCUCCUUGCAUACGACUCGGUCUACGCGACACCGGCAAAACGCCAUUAUUCUACACACGACUACUAUGUACUGGAACACAACCCUCAUGCAGGUGCUUCGCUGGCCGACUGUGCAAGUUCGCUGGGAGUAGAGAUCGUCGAGCAGGCGGGAGCUCUUCAAGACCACUGGCUUGUGCGUGCUCCGAAGCCGUCGUCGCUACUGGGCAAGCGGCAUGCGGAUGCGGUAAUGCAAGCUCUUGAAGACCUGCAGACGCGCGCGCAGUUGAGCGGAUUCUCAGCAAGAUCUGAGGAUGCGCUUCGGAGUCGAGACAUCGUGUCCUCCGUAAAAUAUCUUGCCCCUCAGACCCUUCGUCAGCGCACGAAACGCGCGCCUCCUCCACCAAUCUCGCCUGGGGGGGAUGGAGAUAUCGAGAGUUCUGCAUCUGUUGCGCAGCGUAUGGGCAUCACAGAUCCUGAGUUUGGAAGGCAAUGGCACAUCGUCAACGAUGCGUCCCCGCACAACAUGAUGAAUGUGACGGGUGUAUGGGAUAUGGGCAUUACAGGCAAGGGCGUCAUUAGCGCUUUAGUCGACGAUGGCUUGGACUACACCAGUGACGACCUCGCGGCUAACUUUUAUGCCUACGGCUCAUACGACUUCAACGACCAUCUGGAUCUCCCAACACCCACUCUCUUCGACGACCACCACGGAACCCGCUGUGCAGGCCAGAUAGCCGCCGUCAAGAAUGAUGUUUGCGGUGUUGGCAUCGCGUAUGAUUCGAAAGUUGCCGGGCUCCGUAUUUUGUCUGGUCCUAUCUCGGACGUCGACGAGUCCGCCGCGCUCAACUACGACUACCAGAACACAUCCAUCUUCUCGUGUAGCUGGGGACCGCCAGAUGAUGGCAGGUCCAUGGAGGGCCCCGGAUACCUUAUCAAGAAGGCCAUGGUCAACGGUAUUCAGAACGGUCGCCAGGGCAAAGGGUCAAUUUUCGUCUUCGCGAGUGGUAACGGUGGGAGAAGCGCAGACCAGUGCAAUUUCGACGGCUACACGAACAGUAUCUUUUCGGUCACCGUUGCUGCAGUCGACUACCGCGGCCUCCACCCGGACUACUCGGAAGCAUGUGCUGCGAACAUGGUGGUCGCAUACUCGUCAGGAAGUGGCAACCAGAUCACUACCACUGACCGCGGUAAGAACAAGUGUGCUCACUCUCAUGGUGGUACAUCCGCUGCUGCGCCCAAUGCGGCUGGUAUAUUUGCACUCGCUUUACAAACGAGACCUGAUCUGUCAUGGCGUGAUGUCCAGCAUCUCUGCGUGAAGACCGCACAGAUGAUCAAUCCGGAUGAUCCUGACUGGGAAACCACGGCCGCGGGCAACCGCUUCAGCUACAAGUAUGGCUACGGCGUUAUCAACGGCUACGAGUUCAUCAAGGCCGCGCAGGCCUGGCAGCUUGUCAAGCCUCAGGCGUUCAUCGACCUCCAGACAGUACAGAUUGCCAAUGGCAGCAUGAACAUCUUCCAUACGAUGACCGGUGGCGAGCCCAUUGUACCCGGUGGUGUGACGAAUAGCAUUGAGGUCACACAGUCGAUGCUCGACGAGAACAAUUUCGAGAAGCUCGAGCACAUUACGGUGAAAGUCUGGAUUACGCAUACUCGUCGUGGUGAUGUCGAGGUCGAGCUUGUAAGCCCGAACGGAAUACGCAGCAUUUUGGCGGCGACACGCUAUGGGGAUUCGGCCAAGACUGGGUUCCCAGGUUGGACGUUCAUGACAGUGAAGCACUGGGAUGAGAAUCCAGUGGGCAAGUGGUCUCUCCGUGUAAACGACCAGAACAAGGAGGACGAAUCUGGCGCAUUCCUUGGCUGGACGAUGACGGUCUGGGGAUCCGUCAAAGACGCGACCAAACCCCUCAAAGUCUAUGAUGUUCCUGUCAUCGAUUCUCUCUUGCCGCCGGCCGCGGAGGGUAGCAGCGACAGCCACAUAUCGACACCCAUUCCGACGGCUACUACGACCAAGACAUUCUCGAAGCCAACUGCGGGCCUUCCUGGCGACCACGGCGACAAAGAGGGCGAGAAUCACAAGCCCGCAUUCCCCGGCAGUCAGCCCACCACCACCAAGCCGGCCGAGGACGUCGCGGACCCCGCGAAGACAUCCACCAGCACGACGACCACGCCGACGCCGGAUGAGGGAUGGUUCGCGGAUCUGUCGAAUUUGGUCACGAACCAGAUGUGGUUCUUCGUUGCAAUUGGCGCGGUCAUCGUAUUCUCGAUUGCUGUCGGCGUGUUCUUCUGGCGACGCCGCGCACGCAGGCGGGCGCAGUACAGCACCCUCCCCGAGAGCGACGACGUCGCGAUGAGCUCGAUAGGCCGCAGCACACAAGGCGGGCAGCGCACGAAAGAGCUGUACGAUGCGUUUGGCGAGGUGUCGGACGACGAAGACGCGGAUGAAGAGACGCGGCUGCACCCGCAGGGCCCAUCGCCCGGCAUCAACCUACAUUCAGGAUUUUUGGACGACGAUCCGUCGACUGCGGGAGGCAUCACGCCCACGAGAUACAGGGAUGAGCCGGAGUCGGAGCAUAUAGAACCCACCCACCACGAACCGCAGGGGGAGCGAUCGGACAGUCCAGCGAGCGGGAGCGGCGAUGGCAGCUGGGAGCAUGCAUCUGAGACACGGUAGUGUCUCAAGAACAAUAUGUCUCUCGUUUACGUUAUGUUGUAAUGUUCUGGAUAUGUGGAGGAGAUAAUGGUAUUUAUGUGAUAC